AUGACUAAGAACGACAACAAGUACACCGAUCCAGAGCUCCGCACUGAGAUCAAGGAUGCCGUGCAAGCAGGUGACAAGGGUGGCAAGCCCGGACAAUGGUCCGCUCGCAAAGCACAGUUGAUGGCAUCAGAAUACAAGAAAGCCAUGCACGAGCGUGACGAAGAACCAUACACCACAGAAAAGUCUGAGCAGUCCGAGUCUCAAAAGCAUCUUAACGACUGGACGAAAGAAGAGUGGCAAACGAGUGAUGCAAGUGGCAACGCGAAGCAAGAUGACGGUACGGAGAAGCGCUACUUGCCGAAGAAAGCUUGGGAGAGUAUGACGGAGGAAGAGAAAGAGGAGACGAAUAAGGAGAAGUUAGAAGGGAGUGCAAGGGGCGAACAGUAUGUGUCAAACACGGCCGCAGCAAGGAAGGCACGAAAGGACACUCAAGGAGAGAUAAGUGAACCGGAGGUGGCUGACGGAGCGGGCGAAGAGGAGAACGGAACAUCCCAUCACCACAAGGAAGAAGAGUCUUCUCCGAAACGUGGCACCAAGCGCAAUGCUAACGACCAGUCGCAAGACGAAGCCGAGUCUAUCGAAGAAGAGCUUCUUUCCGAAAUAGAAGACGGCAAUAAGGCAGAGCGUCAACCAGCAGCGAAACAAGCCAAGGUUAAUAAGGGAGAUGACGAGCACGGACAGCCUUGCAGUGCAACGCGCCUUCCUGAGGCAGGACAGAAGGUAUUCUGGAGGGCCACUCCAGGAUGGGUGGAAGGCACUGUCGUCGAAGUCGCCUACUCCGAAAAGGAUGUUGGCGGCAAGCACGUCAAGGCUUCUAAGAAUGAUCCCCGCAUUAUUCUCGAGAGCGCGAAGUCUGGGAAGACGGCCGUGCAUAAACCUGAAGCAGUCUACUUCUGA